UUAUGCAAAAUCAAGGUCUGACCUAAUUAAAGACGAGAGUUGGCUUCUUUUUGUGCGUUUUCUUCUUGAAUAUAAGAAGACUGAGUUCUCCUUUGAUGUUGCUUCACUUGUUAUUCAUUGACUGCUUACCCAUUUUUAACAUGUGGGAAGAGAAACUAAAAGAUAAACCUGGAUUCGAACACCUUAAUGAGCCAUUGCAUGUGUUGGUGGAGGCUGAACUUCCCAAAGAUGUGAUAAAUUCUCGUUUGGACUACGUUGUUGCCAUACUAGAAAAUCUUCUGAAACCUGUGGAUGAAUCUUUGGAUAACUAUAAGAAACAACAGUUUAGGGAGUUGGCUUUACUAAAUGGUACAUUAAGGGAAGAGAGUCCGAGAAUGAGCCCGACUAUGAGCCCUAGUAUGUCACCCUUUAACGGUACUGGAAUGAAACGAGCCAAUUAUUUUAGCCAAAAACCUCUAAUAUAGUUGGAAGAUUCUUCUUACUUACAAACAUACAUAUGCAGCAUUCUCUCUUGGUGAUAAUUACUAUUAUUAUUUAUUAUAAGAUAAAUUCAUUGUAUUGUAUUUUGACUUAAUAAUAAGUAUUUUUUUUUUCGAA